AUGACUUGGACGCAUUCAAAUGUACUUCCGAGAACUCAUCACCGCGGGCAUGGACAGGGCAUGACUUUAAACGCUGGUCUCGGACAAGACGCAGAAGGCUACAGCCCAUUCCAUAGCUUCAUGCUAGUAUUACUGACAACUUCGUUACAGCUUGCUUCCCUUUUUGGCGACCACGCGUUUAUGACUGCGAGACUGGAAAUUCCGCGGACAACUGAUCAGUCAAAUUGCCGUCGUGUGUCACCUCCUGGAGCAAGGUCACGUUGGAUGGAAGAUAAUCUAAAUCCAAAGCACUGGCCAGUUGCUUGCAAGUUCAGAAGUUCGCAAUGCGGACCACUAGUUGAUGCAGUUGCGGAGUUUAAAUAUGUCACGGUAGCUCGUAAGAAAUCUGAUUCAGACUCGACGGAUAAUGAAGGAUCGGGCAUCAUGACCCUGCCCGACCCUGCUGCUACGAUAGUACUGUUGAAUCUCUGA